GGCUGCAGUUCUUCUUAACCACCGGCUCGAACAGCCACCACCAGCAGCACCGCCAGCAGGGGCGGGGCAAUAGAGAGUCGCGAGGGCGGGCUCUCUCGCUCUCUUGUGCCGCCAGUCGAGCUCGGCAUAGCGGAUUCAUCCACCUGCUUGGCUGCGGGUUGGCCGGAAGGCACUGACUCUCCUCGGCAUGGACGCGCUGAAAAACGCCGGAAGGGCUAUCAUCAAGAGUCCCGGAGUUCCGCGGCACACAUGGGGAACUUCCAAACACGAAAAGCUUCCUGAGAACUGGACCGACACCAAGGAGACUCUUCUGGAAGGGAUGGCGUUCAACCUCAAGUACCUGGGAAUGACGCUGGUGGUGCAGCCCAAAGGAGAGGACAUGGCGUCUGCUGCCAUCCGCAGGAUCGUAACCAUGGCCAGAGCGGGGGCUAAGAAGUUCCGCAAAGUAACGCUGACGGUGUCGCCCAAAGGCAUCGUCAUCACCGACACCGACACUGCAGCUCUCAUAGAAAAUGUCUCCAUCUACAGAAUCUCAUACUGCACAGCAGAUAAAAGUCAGGACAAAGUGUUUGCGUACGUCUCUCAGAGUCAGUUCAACGAAACCCUGGAGUGUCACGCAUUCCUCUGCCAAAAGAAGAAGAUUGCUCAGGCGGUGACGUUAACAGUCGCACAGGCCUUUAAAGUAGCUCUGGAUCUUUGGGAGAUGUCUCAGGAAGACAAAAGCAAGAAGACCAGAAGCACGUGUUGUUCCUGUCCAGGCACCAAUAACGGACAGCGUGAGGCCACAGACAGUCAGUGUGUUGCCGCAGACCCGAAGGCGUGCUCGUCUGUGGGGCUGGACGAGAAGCUUCAUGGUCCAUUUCUGUCCACAUCCAUCAGCUCCCCCACGCCUCGUAGCAACCCAGCUAGAAGGCGACCAAUCAACCAUGACUCCUGGGAUGUGGAUGAUGGAGUGGACGAUACGUUCUCAAGGUGGUGCUUUUCUGCCUUUGCUUUGUGUAGUAGCAUGGACGUGGAAGAAUCAUGCAGUGACCCGACUUCAGACCCGUCUGUCACAAUGCAGCUCUGAGGAGGUCCACAUGACUGGAACCAACAAUAAGUGGUUUCAGUCUGGAUCAGUAGGGACCCCAAAUGAACUUGAACACCUGCAGGAACGUUUUUUGUUUGUUUUUUGCUUCAUACAAGACGUUACAGGGUUUGGACUUUCCACUGAAACCUGAGCGGCGAGCUUCUAACGAGUCAUAAAUCAUCUUUUCACGCACAAACAUGACUUGACAUGAACCACCUGCUACACAACACAAAAUUGGCUCACACUCCUGUUGUUGUUUUUUUUGGGGAAUGUGGGCGGACUUGGGGCUGCCACACACUGCAGAGAAAGGAUGCGAAGGGUCGGCAGACCAGUAGUAGCAGAAGUAAGCAGACUUUUGACAGUCGGCCGCCUGCCCAGUGUUGUGCCCAUCCGCGGUCUCUUUCUGUUUUCACUUUCACUUGCGUUGGAACUAUUGCGUAAUCUACUGCUGAUGCAUUUGAGUAAAUAACACCCCCGCUCACGUGAUUCCACAUGGACUCUUUCAUACCUGCUUGUUUUCUACCUACUAUGCAAACGCCAUCGUUAGUUUGCAGAAAGACGGUGUGUAGUUUGUACUGGACUGUUUGCAUUCGUACACAUUGAUGCACAAUAAACCAGUUUGUACAAUGACUCCACCCCCCCGAGUCACCGGUUUGUCCGUUUAGUACAGCGGUGUGAAAAAGUGUUGGCCCCCUCCCUGAUUUCUUAUUUUUGUGCACGUUUGUCACACUUAAAUGUUUCAAAUCACCAAGCAAAUUUAAACAUUAGUCAGUGACAACACAACUCAACACAAAAUGCAUCUUUUUAUUAUCGAGGGAGAAAAACAGUCCCCAGCGACAUGCAACAAAGAAUGAUAGGAGUGUGAAGGUGACUAUAGGGGUGUUAUUUCAUGUCUACAGGGCUCUAAAACCAUAUUCACUAAGUCCUAAACAUGUUUGCUAUGCUCUAACUACGAAAAUAGUCCAUUUAUUAACAUUGAAUCCUAUAAAAAUAAAAAAUAUAUAUUAAGUCAUAAGUCAUGCUGUUUUUUGGUGGAAUAUUAUUAGUAAAAAAUGCACUUUUAAGCAAAUUUUACUCUAUUUUUGCCUAAAUGAAGCAUUUCCAAGAAUAAAAAUGGCUAAAUGAAGUAAAAUCCAAAUAUAACGCAGUCAAAGACGUUGCGAUCAUAUGCAGUAUUCUACCCUGGUCACUAGGUGUCAGUAAUGUUACUAACGUUACUGUUUGCUGAGACACACAAGCACCAGACCUGAUGGCAGGAACAACAGGCUUUUAUUGCAGGUUUGAAUGAGCUCACAACAGGCAUAAUAAUCCCUCGCUGCUGUAACCCAGAACUCAACUCUGAACCCCAGCAGCGCCAGCUCCCCCAGCGCAGGAACACAUUUACAGCAACACACGCAAACACGAGUCUUAUUUAUGGCGGAAAUGGCUUAUUUUCUCAUAUUGAGUCUACUAUAGUGGAUAAAGGUGACUAUAGGGGUGUUAGUUCAUGUCUAGAGGGCUCUAAUGCUAUAUUUCGAAGGUCGUGAACAGGUUUUCUAUGCUGUAACUAUGAAAAUCUUCCAUUUCUAAAUAAGGAAUUCUACUUGUCACUUGUCACAGCCGGGCCUGCAAUAAAUGAAGGCUUACUGAUUACUAACAUGACAUUUCAGGUUUAUUCCCAUGAACUCCAGUAGGUUACGGUAUAUUUAUUCAUUCCACAUACAGUAUAGCAUCUAUUUUAGUGUAUUGUCUUUUCAUUUGUGUUUUUACUCAUUUAUUUAUUUAAAAAAAACACCCAGAAAUGUUACAUGCCUAAAAAACAAACCCUAAUGACGAAUAGCAUGAUGUGAAACGAUGCAGCUAAACACGUGAAGAAAAUCUCCAUAAAGAACUGCAUAAGGAUUUGAAGGUGUUUAAGGGAAAAGCAAAAUCUACCUUCACAUUUGAGCUAAUCGUCUUAUUCCAUGCAUUUUAAAACAGUUGCAGCCCUUCAUUGUCGUCCUGUUAACUCCACGAAACGCGUUCCUAAAGGCGCAUUCCAGCAUGUCGUGUAGCGUGUCACGUCACAAGCAGCCAUUAAAUAAAGGCGUCUGUGUGGCAUGCAUGGCGCAAAUAGGGUGUAAGCGGCGAGUUGCCAUGGUAACAGACUGCAAAAGUCUAGCGGAGGAACAUGAGCUGUUGUACCUGAGACACUCAUGUAGCUUCUGUUGGAAGAAGAGCACUAAUUACAAUUCGGGACGGGUUUAAAAAGGUCCCCGCGUGCCACGCACUCUAUGGGACGUUGCAUUCAGCUGUCAGGAAAUGUUUACAUUUGGCCGUUUGCGGCUUCCCGCUCGCUACGCUACCAGCAGAAGACCGGCAUGCACGUCUGUGGAGUCGUGAUACCGUACGUAUGUAGACACCCCACACAUGUUGAUAUGCAAGACAUCAGUCUAUUCUACUUUGUCUAAACGGCACAUGCCGAUAUCAAAAAUACAAUGCUUCCUGUAUUUACACCAAUGGCCUCCCAGAGUCGUGCUGUGGUCGUUUUUGCUCGUCCAGUCGUCUACAGCAGAUGUUUGUGUCGUGAUUUCCUGUCUGUUGUCUUUGCAUGGACCAGCGCCACUGCUAAUGUCCCUCUACAACAGUGGUUCUCAACUGGUGGGGGCCAAAAAUGACAUUCAAAUAUGUGAUGUACAAAUGAUGUCUGAAUUAUUGUCAAGGAAAGCAGAGCAGUAUUUUCGUCAGUUUCGUCCUUGGUGUGUAUACAGUCUGCUCAUUGCACACUUGGAGUGAUGUUUCGUUUCAACGGGUGCGUUAUUUGGAUCAUGUUCUUCCUCGCCCCCC